UCUUGUAUUUUGUAAAUAUAAAGGAUUUUCUUCUGGUAAUCGUUGCAUUGAGGGCCACAGAAAGAUCUCAAAACCCUAAGAAACGUAUCUUCGUCUAAACUCCAUUAAAACGUAUAUUAUUCUUUAAGAACUCCAUUGGAGUACAAGAUUUGAUCUGAGAAUCUUUGAUAAUCUACGGUUGAGAUGUUUUCUUUACAACAAGGCUAUGAGCUGGUGUUUCAGUCCCCUUUAGUUUAUCAAUCAGAUCAAAUCCUUCAAGAUCUGACUAUGGAUCAUAGUCUUAAUACCAGCAGCGGGGAGAAGGGGAAACAAAAAUCAGUCAGUAUUCAAGAAAACAAGGGUGAACGUACUCUUGAUGAAUCCUAUAUUAGGAAACUUGUACAUAGAGAUAUUGAACGGCAGAGAAGGCAAGAAAUGACUAAGCUUUAUGCUUCUCUUCGAUCACUUGUUCCUCCCGAAUACCUAAAGGGAAAGCGGUCGAUAUCAGAUCACAUGCAAGAGGCAAUAAAUUACAUAAGAGAUAUGAAGAAUAAUAUCAGGGAACUACAAAUUCGGAGAGACAAGCUAAAGAAGUUUUCUAAUUCAGGCAACCUAAGUGCCGAGGUUGGAAGUUCCACUUGUUAUUCUACUGAUUCAGUCAUGGUGAACCCUUGCCUUGAUGGCAUGGAAAUUGUAAUCAGUUGCAGCUUCAAAUUAGGUAUGUCUUUUGAUCUUCGUGCUCUCCGGAAC